AUGAGCCUGAAGUCAGCCUGGAACUACUUUUCAGCACCUCCAACCACCCAACCUACCAAUGACUUUGUUGGACAAGUUCUGGAAAUUGGGAAGUUGAAGUUAAGGAUCACUCGAGUUAUUGCUGAAGGUGGCUUUGCUUUUGUGUAUGCUGCUCAAGAUGUUUCGACAGGAGAAGAAUUUGCUGUCAAGAGGUUGCUGGCAGCUGAUGAAAAGACAAGGAAGAAGGUCAUGCAGGAGAUUGCAUUUCUUCGUCAACUGAGCGGGCAUCCCAAUAUAUUGAGGCUUGUGGACUGCAUUGGAUCUCGUUCUGACACUGGCCGAGCAGAAUUCCUCCUUGUGACAGAAUUAUGCUGUGGAGGAUUGAUUGAUGUGCUUCGAAGUCGUUCUGACCCUCUACCCUUGGAGACUGUGACACAAAUUUUCCAUCAGACAUGCAGGGCUGUGCAGCUGAUGCAUCGCCAGGACCCACCUAUAAUCCAUCGAGACCUGAAGGCAAUCUAUUUUCAGCAUUUCCUGGUAGAGAAUUUGUUGCUGGGGAAUGAUGGAGCAAUCAAACUUUGUGACUUUGGGAGUGCAACCACCACAUGCCAUUUUCCAGAUUUGUCUUGGCCUGCCAACAAGAGAGCCCUUGUGGAAGAUGAGAUGACCGAGCACACAACCCCGAUGUAUCGAGCUCCCGAGAUGCUGGACACAUGGAAUAACUAUCCCAUCAAUGUAGCUGUGGAUAUAUGGGCCCUGGGGUGCAUUCUCUAUAUGCUCUGUUUCAUGUCACAUCCGUAUGAAGACUCGGCCAAACUCCGAAUCAUCAAUGCCAAUUACACCAUUCCAGCCAAGGAUGGUCGUUUCCAAGUCUACCAUGAUCUCAUUCGAGGCAUGUUUCAAGUGGACCCUAGGCAAAGGCCAACCAUCAGUGACUGCUUGGAUAGAAUAGCAGAGAUUGCUGAAGUCAAGGGAAUAAACUUGAAGGAGAAUCCAAAUUUGUCUCUUCCAUGUCCUCCAACUCAUGCAGUUUCCCCAGCUCCAGUCCAACAAGAACACCUUCCAAAGCAAGGGAUGAUGAAUCCAAAUGGAACGGCACCACAACCCCCACUUCCACAUGCAGCUACAUCAAAUCACAUUCCUCCACAAGCUCAGGCUCCAUCACCUCACAGUUACCCCAGUCCACCCAAUGUCCCUGGGUUUCUCACAUCCCUUCGGGGUGGAGCUGGCUCCUUCCUGAAAAACCUCAAAGACACUUCUUCCAAAGUCAUGCAGACUGUACAACAAUCAAUUGCCAAGACAGACCUGGACUUUACCUAUCUGACGUCUCGACUGGCCGUGAUGCCAUUUCCUGCAGAGGGGUUGGAGUCUGCCUAUCGAAACCAUGUUGAAGAUGUCCGAUCCCUCCUGGAAUCCCGUCACAGUGGCCACUAUGCUAUAUAUAAUGUUUCGGGCCGAUCAUAUUCAUCGGCCAAGUUUAACGCUCGUGUGACUGACUGUGGUUGGCCGGCCAAACGUGCACCCUCACUGGUCACCCUCUACUCUCUGUGUCAGAGCACUUAUGACUUCUUAGCAAUGGAUCCUCGAAACAUAGCCAUUGUCCAUUGCAUUGAUGGCAAAUCCUCAUCUGCAACUCUGGCUUGCGCCUUCCUUUGUUUUGCUGGAUCUCUCAUUCUUCAGCCCAUUCCAGCUUUUACAAAAAUGAGGGAUGGCUGCCGCCCUUAUGUAGAAGUCUGGAGCGGUGAUGAGUUGCUCUUAUCAACGAUUGCUGAUUAUGAGCGAUUACGGCUCUACCAUAUCAGUGAGGGCAGGAUGACAUUCCCCUUGAAUGUGAGCCUCAAUGGUGACGUCUCUCUGCUGGUGUACCAUGCUAGGAGUACCUUUGGAAGCAAGAUGCAAGGUACUGGGAAAGUAUCUGGGAUCAAGAUCUUUCAGGUCCAGUUUCACACUGGCUUCAUUCAGCCAUCUCAAACGCAUCUCAUCUUCUCCAAAAAUGACAUCGAUGAUGUGCAAGAGCCAGAACGAUAUCCCAGUCAAUUCUCGGCUCUCUUGGAAGUAAGAGUGGGGAAUCCCAUUCAGGUCCCCUCACCACCUCCUUGGGCUAUGGCCCAGCCUCGGGACCCAAUCCAUGCAUUUGUCUCCAGACAGGAUUUUCAGGAGGCAAGGGAAAAGUUUGCAUCUGUCAAAGUGAAGAAACCUGAGAGACCACCCCCUCCUCCUCCAUCUCCUGCUAGGGGUCCAUCUCCACUAUCUGCAGCUGAUGAAAACCAAAAAGCAAGAGAUUUUAUGGCAUCCUUGAAUUGGGAAGCUCAACAUGAUCAAUAUGUUCCCUCAGAAGAAGCAGGGCAGCUUCUCUCAGGAAGUGAAGAAGAGGAAGACUCAUCUGCUGUUGAUGAUGGCACAGCAGACCUACUUAAUCUUGGAGGUACUGAGACUAAUGGUGCUUGUGGAAGUACUGGUGCCAGUACUGGACAGCAAGAUGAAUUACCAGAUGUGGGACUUCUGAAUCUGGAAGAUUCAGGAGGGCCAACUUCUCCCCUUCUUAAAGGCCUUUCCCCACCCACUAAGUUUACUGCUCCAAGUGAAUCCACACAGCUGGGUGUUGACACCUUCACUGAUCUCUUUGGCGGUCCUACUCCCAUGCAACAAACAUCAAAAACUUCUGAUUUCUUUGACCCAUUUGGAGGUGCUUCUUUAGGGGUACCCCAUCCAAAUAUGACACAUUCGGCCAGCACAGGAAACUUCAUAUCAGCAGCUACUGUUAACAGUGCAGAAAAAGGUUCCAGUGGUGCAGGAGGAGACCUUUUGGGUGGCUGGGAUUCCUUCAUGAAUGGGGCCCGAAAAGCUUCUCUCCCUCGCAAUUCUUCCACUCCUAAUCUUGAAGCUGCUGCUAAGUCUGAUCCUUUUGCAGAUCUUGGGAAUUUGGCCGGGCUGGGAGGGUCAAAGCCCAAUAGUCCCAUGCAUCAAACAAAGCCAUUUCCAGGUUCUGCACAAAGCCCCCCUGGAGUCAGAGUCCAGGGCAAUGAAGCUCGGAAUGCUCAACUGAGACAGCAAGCCCAACCGGACUACAGUCGUACAAACUUUGACUCGGUCUUUGGGAGGGAUGGGAAUUCCAAGCCGUUUGGGCCCAAGCCCAAAGUUUCUGCUGACACGUUUGGGGAUCUCCUUGGCUCGCAGGGAUUUGAGUUUUCCACAAAGAAGGAUCAAGGUCCAACAACAAUCAAUGCAAUGAGGCGGGAAAUCCAGACCAAAGAAGUGGAUCCCACCAAACUCAAAAUCCUGGACUGGACUAAUGGAAAGCAGCGUAACAUCAGAGCACUUUUGGGCUCACUACACACAAUAAUCUGGGAUGGCUGCCGUUGGGAAGAAGUUGGGAUGCAUCAGCUGGUCUCUGCCAAUGACAUAAAGAAAUUUUACCGCAAAGCCUGUCUCGCCGUCCAUCCCGACAAGGUACGUCGACUCGACCUCUCCCGAUGCUUUGUCUUUGUCCAAUUU